GAAGUGUUUUCUUGGCUUCAGCCACUUACCCACCUGGGUUUUCCAGUGGAGAACUUCGAGGGGCCUGGCAGACCCCCUCCCCUUCAAGUUCCCGCAGGACCUCGAACUGUCUCUGCUGUGAAAAUAACUCCCCUGAAGACGAUGAAAAGUUCACCUGACUUACUGCCUGCAACAGACAUGGACCCCGCCAAAGUGUGCAAAGGGAAGGGCUCGGUAACACUGCGGGCUACGCUCGUUCACAUUGACGACGAUGACGACUGCAUCGACUCGCUGCCCGGGGGGGACACACAGAGGGCUACUCGCACAGGUCCAUUGCCAGGGGACCCAGUGGAAGAUGGCUGGACUGUUGACACUAAUGGGGAUGGAACAGGGAAAACUUUGGCAGCGAGGGGUCCUGAGAGUUUAAGACCUAUUCAUCCCAAGGACGAGAAAAUCCAGUCACAGGUUGGGUCUUCACUGAGUGCAGAAUCACUGUCUUCUUCCUCCUCGGAGCCACAAAGUCUUUCUGGAUCCUCCAGAAAGACCUCAUCUGCCUACCCAUCAACCACCAUCGUCAAUCCAACUAUUGUACUUCUGCAGCACAACAGAGAACAACAAAAGCGUCUAAAUAGUUUGGAAGACCCGACACCAGAGGGUGAGACCAGGAAGGCCAGUGCCAACGCACCGGGCCCCACUAAGGGCCCUCCGGGUGCUCACAUGGAUGGAAAGAGGAUGAGGCUUUCUCUGCCGAUGCAAAGCACCAACCCCGUGCACGACAUCAGCGCUCCCAUUCGAAACACGGAGAGGUCCAAGGACUGGUACAAGAACAUGUUUAAGCAGAUCCACAAAGUCCCAGAGCCCACUGAGGAAAACCCUUACCGUCCCACCUACAUUUUUCCCGAAAACUAUGACAGGCCAAAGAAAACACGAGAUGAUGGCUUUGCUGUCCAUGUGAAUGCAGUCGAUGCGAUGGGGGUUCCUCGUUCCAGAAGUGCUGUGGACGUGGUCAGCUGUGACCCCCGAGAGAGCAGGCUGUCCAAACUUCCUGUUCCAGCUCGGUCAUCCUCGCUCAAACCCUCAUCCGAAAGGAAUGACUGGGAGCCCCCAGAUAAGAAGGUGGACACCAGGAAAUACCGUGCCGAGCCCAGGAGCAUCUUCGAGUACGAGCCAGGAAAAUCCUCGGUGCUGAAGCUGGAGAGAACGACUCAGGAUUUAAGUCCAGAAGAUAUAGAUUUAGAGAAUGAACCUUGGUAUAAAUUCUUUUCAGAGAUGGAGUUUGGAAAACAGACUGCCCCCUCUUUCAGUCCCCUGGAAACACCUUCCGACCUCCAUCAAUAUUCUACAUGCAAGCCCCACCACAAUGAAGCGGGCAAAGGUGACUCGGCUGCUGACGAGCCUGGGGCGCCCGACAGUGACCGACAUGUUUACAAGAGUGUCCUGGAGGGCGGCGACAUCCCACUGCAAGGCCUCCGGGCGCUGAACAAGCGCCAGCCCAGCACCUCCUCCUCAAAAGUGGAUCAUAAAGGUGGGAAUGGCUACAUAAUUUCACCUUCCUCUUCCGUAAAUAGCCGAUCAGUUCUUGCCAGUAAUGCCGUAGGUUCCCAGUGUAAGAGUAAGAAGUCCUUGUCUGCUGCCAAAGCCUGCAUUCCCGAAAUACUCCCCUCCAAAUUCAAGCCCAAGCUGCUUGCUUCGAGCGAGGAGCCGCAGGAGAAGAGUGUGUCGACCGCGAGGCCCCCCAAAGCCCACAGCUACGAAGACCUGCGGGACAGCCGCCCCAGGACCAGGGGAGAGGCUGCGGAUGAAGGAGGCCCUAAGGCGGGGCCCGGGAAAGAGGAUCGCACGAGGAGUAACAAUGGCAUCCUGGAACAUGGUAAUUCCACUAGCGGGGCCAGCCCCUCCCGGAGGAGCACGCCGGAGUUCGCCUCAAUGUACCGGGACAUGCAUCUCAUCCGGAGGCCAGGCUCAGAGGGCUCCAGCCCCGUGGGCAGCGUGCGCAGCCUGGCCUCGCUCUUCGAGAGAGAAUGCAAUGGCCGAGGCCGGGGCGAGGCAGAGGGGCCCAGCGGGCCACCGCGGCACACCGUGUCCUUACGAGUGACUGACUUUGAGCAGAUCAUCCAGCGCUCCAGCUCCCUGCCUGUGCUCGCCGGUGGCUCCGCGCGCGCAGCCGGCCCCCGCAUGGCCACGGCAGUCUCUGCUGAAUCCCUGCUGGUGGCAAACCCCGCAACUGGGAGCGGGAAGGCCCCGUCGGAGCGGGAGGAGGACGAGUCCUCGGAGACGUGCGACGCUGCCUCAGCCGAUCCGUCGCCCUCGGACGCCGACUGCGAGGUGGACCGCUGCUCCGAGACGUCAAUGGAGAGCGCAGCGGAGUGCGCGCGGGCCCCUGCCACUCCCCGCGUGCACCCUCACGUGCAUCCCCACGUGCACAAACCCAGCAAAUGCAAGGGGACCUGCGCGGCCUCCUACACUCGCUUCACCACCAUCCGCCGGCACGAAAAGCAGCAGGCUAUUGCACAACAGGACAAGCAGGGCUCCCUGGACAGGAAGAAUGCUUUCCCUGGGAACCUGUUCCUCAUGGGCCCCGUGCCGUUCCGACUCAAAAAAAUGCAUCAGGGCCAGCAAGGGAAAAGGUCGACGGCCUUCUCGGCAACACGCACGACCGCCUUCAAGCUGGACCCGUGUGAGAGCGGCACCCCCGGUGGCCCUUCGGGGGAUUCCAGGCCACUCAUUCCGCAGCGUAUGUCUUCCCUGGAGGUGUUGGAGAGGCUGAAUAGUGGCGAGGGCUCCCCAACGCCACAAGGUGGCGACAGCGAGGGCCUCCUCAAUGGCAACCAUAAUGUUUUGGGUGUGGAGAGCUUGGACUCCAACAGAAAUCCCCUGCAGCCGAAGGCAGCGCCCCCCCGAGAUUCUGACUCCCCACGCCAUUUUGCCCAUGGGGAGUACGGAGAAACCCCGGAGGAGAUGGCGCGAAGACGCUCCGGUGACAAAGAAAAAAUGCUGGAAGAGCAGAGGAGGUUAAAGCGAGAGCAGGAGGAGGCGGAUGCUGCCGCCCGUCGGCACACGGGCCUCAUUCCCGUCCACCACCAGUUCAUCACCAACGAGCGCUUUGGAGACCUGCUCAACAUCAGCGAGACGGAGAAGCGCAAAUCCGGCUCUGAGAGGACUCCUGCUUUAGCCAAAUAUGACUUCAGAGCAGAGACUUUAAAGGAGUUACCUUUCCAGAAGGGAGACAUUGUGUACAUCUGUCGACAGAUUGAUCAGAACUGGUAUGAAGGAGAGCAUCACGGCAGAGUGGGAAUUUUCCCUAGAAGUUAUGUUGAGCUUCUACCGCCAACGGAGAAGGCCCAGCCAAAGAAGCAUGCCCCCGUCCAAGUGCUCGAGUAUGGAGAGGCCCUGGCCAGGUUUAAUUUUAACGGAGACACACCUGUGGAGAUGUCCUUCAGAAAGGGUGAGAGGAUCACGUUGAUCCGCAGGGUCGAUGAAAACUGGUACGAGGGAAAGAUCUCUGGCACCAACCGUCAGGGCAUCUUCCCCGUCACCUACGUCGAGGUUCAAAAGCGGCCGCGGGUCAAGAACGGAGUGGACUAUCCUGACCCGCCUGUGAGCCAGUCGCCCAGUCGCAGCAGCAACGCCUCACCGCUGCCCGCUCGCACCCGGCUCACUACUUCCCCUCUCCCUCUUCCCCGCUCCAACCGCCGUUCGGUCUCCCCUGAGGUCCAUGCCGUCUCCUCUGAGUGGAUUUCGUUGACCGUGGGUGGUGGCUGUAGCCCGCCGGCCGCUCCAACACCGCCCCUGCCCCCUCCCCCUAGCGUCUCCUACCGCUGGGGCGAGUACCUGCCUCCCUCCCUCUCUGCCAGCCCAAUCCCUCCAGCCGGCAGCAGCCCGUACUGCGCCUCCCCGGCAGCCUCUCCCUUACCCCCUCCGUACCCACCUCGCCCCAGCUCUGCUACCCCCUACCUGACAUUCACCCCACCCCAGGGGGAGGACUUUCUGCUGAACCCGCCCUCUCCCCGCCUCUCUCGGAGCCUCAGUCCCUGCGGGGGGGCGGGUCUCGAGGGUUGGCUAGGGGAGGGCGGCCCCCUGAGGAGCCGUGAGCUGCAGGAUGGGGAGGGGGCGGAGCUAGACAGAGGGAGCGCUCGCGAGGGCUGGAGGAAUAGCCCAGGAGAGCUCAUGAAGAGUGAAGCUGAUUACCAUGGAAGAUCAUCAAGAAGUCCCGUUUUGCUGUUUGACAUCCAGGACAAUGUUAUGAAUGCCAACUCGUUUGCGGAGGCGGUCUGCAACGAGAUCAUGAACAUUGCCGAGACAUCGGUGCGCUACUGUAGUGCCAUCUCCCGCCCCCAUGACAAGUUGCAUAGACUGCCCCCCCAUGCAAGUAAACAAUCUUUCAUCGUUUCCCAGCAACCCCAACCACAGAGCAACAGCCCGGACCCAGGUCGCACCAACUACGGAGUGUUCCAGGCCCUGUACAGUUACGUGCCACAGAACGAAGACGAGCUGGAGCUCCGCGAGGGAGACCUCGUCAACGUCAUGGAGAAGUGCGAUGACGGCUGGUUCGUCGGUACGUCCAGAAGAACAAAGCAGUUUGGCACUUUUCCGGGGAAUUACGUGAAACCCGCUAACUUGUGAACACUGCAAAAUGUACAGUAUCUCUGAACAGAUGUUAGCUGCCUGCUGAGUCUGGAAACAAACCUGUACUAACGUGCAUGAGGUCGUUUUGGGGGUCUGUCUCUUAGCCAAGUGAAAGCAGUUGUUUGGGUAUGUGAUGAAAGGGUUCUCGUUUUUUUUUUUUUUUUUUUUUCGUGAAGCACAAGUAGACGUCAGUUACGUAGUUUCAGAUGGAGGAUGGAGAGGAAGGGAGGCUCCCAUAGAUUCACCGCAAAACCUACCUGGUAGUUUCAC